AUGGAAACAACAACAACAUCUCCCCCAUCAAAUUUCCGGUUUAGAGAUCACGGUCCAGAUAUGGACAACGGAGAAUCAGUUGUCGGUGAUACGAGUUCUGAAUUGUCUUCAGUCACAAGCGACGAUGAAGAAUCUGAUAUCGAGUCUGGUGAGCUGCUUGCAUCCAUGACUGCCAAGGGAAUUAAUCAUUUAUGUUUAGAACUCAAUGAACUGAAGCAAGCAUCACAAGUCGAUUUCCAGGAUAACAUAAUUUCCAAUUAUGCAUCCUUCAUUAGGGUAUUUAGAGAAACAGAAGGUAUAAACAAUGAAGUCAUGCAAUUGAAAUAUCAUAUAAUGGCCCAAAAACAGCUUGUAAGGAAUUUAACAGAUGAUGUUGAUCUACAAACUGUAUUGGAUGAUAAUCGAAUGGACAGGGUUCUUGAUGAGUCCACAAUUGAUGAUCAAAACCCGACAGUUUUCUUUAAGGCUUGCGUAGAUGAAGUUUUAGAAACUCUUGACAACCUUUUGUUUGAGCAUAGAUUAGAAGAAGCAUUGGACAUUUUUGAGACGGAAGAUGGUGAUUCUCCGAAAGUCAAAUUUCAUGAAGAUAUUCCACCGGAUGUUUGGAUGGCUUAUAAAUCUGACAUGGCAGAAAGGAGGGUCAUGCUUGCUGAUAAGCUGACACUAGUGGCAGACAACCCAAGAGUGUCCGCAGCAGAACUGCAAAAGUCAUUAGGAGGGCUUUCUAGGCUAGGUUUUGAUCAUCUUGCUACUCGUUUACUGCUCAAGUACUACCAUACUCGUAUUGCAUCUGGUGUGAAAAACUUGCAGUCCUCCACGGGAUAUCUGCCUGGGCUUUACGUUCAUGAUUUAGCAAAAUUGAAUUUUUCUUUGAUUUCUCAAGCUGCCAGAAGUUUUGUUAUGUUAUAUGGAGAAACUUCUCCUUAUGAUUCAGAACUCAUGAAAUGGGCUUGUGAGGAAACUGAAGCGUUUGCUGGUUGUUUCAAUAGGCAUAUAAAAUCGAUGUCACAAAUUGGCGGUGGAUUGUCAACAUUGGUCGACACUCUGCAUUUUGCCACGUCAUAUUGCUCUAUGCUAAAAAGCCAAAAGUUAGUGUUACUACCAUGCUUGAUUGAACAUAUCCUUCCUAGCGUGGAAGGUAUUUUGAAGGCUCAUUUUGACCAUUUCAAGAAAGUUAUCAGCAUCUUCACAUCUAGUGAUGUUUGGGUUAUGGGAAGAUAUCUUGUCUCUUCAAUGUUCACGGAAGGGACCACGUCAACUCUUUUCAGUCAACAGCCUGAAUAUUGCUUGCUCACCAACAGCGGCAGGAAGUUUGUGUCGCUGCUACAGACUGUUAUUGAAGAAGUUUCAUCUUUGGUUCCGAUCUUCGGAACCUCAAUUCUUAAUGAGCUCAUGGAAAUAUUUAUGGAGUACAGCUCCAUCCUUGAAAGAGCCCUCGCCUAUGAAACAAAUGAUGCUGAGGAAGGUGCACCAAGAAUAAAAAUGGCAGAAUCACUGUCACAAAAAGUUUCCAUAAUUGCCAAUCUAUCAACGCUUGAACAUUUCUUCUCCAGUGUGAUUAGGAACCUCUUCAAGGGGGUAAAUCACUUGAAGAUUGUAAUGGAUGGAAGCAUGAUAUCAAUUGCAGAUGCCUGCAGUAAGCUGAGAACUCACAUCUGCAAGCAAUUUAUACGUCAGAUAAUGUCUAAUGAAGAUACUAGUAUUAGGGAUCAUAUUGACUCUGACUUGUUCCAGGGUCUGAUGCCUUCUCCUCCUUAUCAGAUACUAUUUCUGGAACUAAGGAAAGUCGAAGAACUUACAGAAGACAGUGUCAAUGAAUUCGAUUGGUUGGCGAGCCUACUGACAGAACUAGUUGAGACUGCAUUUGAUUGGAUUUUAAGAGACCGCGAAACCUGGGUGACAUGUUACAACGAUGAAACAACUGAUAAGCAAUCUGAUAGAUUGACUCAGUUUUCCCUUGACAUGCAAUUUCUGGUCGAAAUUGCAAGGCGUGGAGGGUAUUUAACCACCAAUAUGAUCAACUCUUCAACAGAUCUUGUAUCAAAAAUGGAAUCAGCUAUUGUUUCUAAGGGGUUUGAUCUAAACAGGUGCGUGGUUGAUUACAAGAAGGUUGCAAACUCUGCAAUAGAAGCCAUAAAACAGCUUGAAGCACUGGAAGAGCAAAAAUGGCGCUCGGGUAUCGACAUUCAUAAGUUUGACGAUAACAGUAGUGAAGAAUAUCAACCACAUUUUUCAAGCAACUCCAUUGAAGAUGUUGACACACAAAGCUGCUCAGAAGUUUCAUUUGGAACAGCAGAUCUCUCAGAUGAAGAAACCAACCCACUGGAGCUUAGUGAUCAUGAGGCUGAAGUCAGAAACCGAGAAGAUUGUGGCGUAAAUGGAUCUAAAGAAAUCAUAAGCGAUAAAAUGGCGAAGCUGCCAUCAUCAGAAAUGACUAAUACAAAAGAUUUGGAUGAUAAUAUUCUUGUAAAAGAUGAAGCAGAUAUUGAAGAUAGCAUCGUAGAACCAGAGCAUUUUGCCUAACGUGAAAAAGCAUAGGUUAUGCAGAAACAAUGCAAGUUAGA